AUCUGGCCCUAAAGAACCUGAGGGAGCCAGAGGCGGAGGAAUAGAGAAGGCUGCAUAGGAGCUGCAGCGCGGUGCGGCGAGCACACACCCCGGCCCGCGAGGCCCCGGGCUCGCCCAUGAGGCCUCUGCCCAGCGGGAGGAGGAAGACCCGAGGCAUCUCCCUAGGACUCUUCGCCCUCUGCCUGGCCACAGCCCGCUGUCUGCAGAGUCAGGGCGUGUCCCUGUACAUUCCUCAGGCCACCAUCAAUGCCACCGUCAAAGAAGACAUCCUGCUCUCAGUUGAGUACUCCUGUCAUGGAGUGCCCACCAUCGAAUGGACAUAUUCGUCCAACUGGGGAACGCAGAAGAUCGUGGAGUGGAAACCAGGGACUCAGGCCAACAUCUCCCAAAGCCACAAGGACAGAGUCUGCACCUUUGACAACGGCUCCAUCCAGCUCUUCAGUGUGGGAGUGAGGGAUUCCGGCUACUAUGUCAUCACCGUGACGGAGCGCCUGGGGAGCAGCCAGUUUGGCACCAUUGUGUUGCACGUCUCUGAGAUCCUCUAUGAAGACCUGCACUUUGUCGCUGUCAUCCUUGCUUUCCUCGCUGCUGUGGCCGCAGUAUUAAUCAGCCUCAUGUGGGUUUGUAAUAAGUGUGCGUAUAAGUUUCAGAGGAAGAGAGGACACAAACUCAAAGAAAGCACAACUGAGGAGAUUGAGCUGGAAGAUGUUGAGUGUUAGCCAAGGCUGGGCCUGACUGCAUUCCUACCUCAAGAGGAAACCAUUCUCCAACAAAAAGAGCAAGCACAGCUAUUAUUCUCAUUGUGUGUGGUCCCGUUGCAGCCUGCUCCUAACAGGACAGUGGGAGAUUAACAACAUUGACUGCAUGGAGUUGAGGACUGUGGAUGGGACAAAGCUAGUUUUAGGACUUGCGCUAAGUUCAAGGAGAAGAGUGAUUGAGGCUUUGAACCAGGAGCUUCACUUGGCUGCAACAUCAGGGCCGUGCUGACCCAUAACCAAUGGGUGAGUGCAGGCAUUGGCUGCUUGCUCACAACACUCGCUCUGGCAUGCAGGAUGGCCUGUUGUCAGAGUCCCUGUAUCAGAGGCCAGAGGAUUUCCAGAUGGAUGUGCAGCCAGCAUUAGAACAUGCUUUCUGUGCUCCUGCCUGCUCUGCAACUGCUGUGCCUACCAGCCCCCUAUCUGGUAUCCCACAAGCAAGCACUACUGUGGGAGCUAUUCUGGGAAAACCUGAGGCUUUUAGACAAUCUGCUGCCUCAGAGCAGAGGUGGAAACAGACUGGGGGUGGGGGUUGGUGCUGUUGUGCUGCAAUGAGUUGCUCAUUAGUGAGGCCCAGUGGCUGGGAGUUUUAUGGGAGAGGAGCUCAAGGGACUCCUGAGAGGCCAUCUUUGGAUACAAGGAAUAGAGAGAAAAUUAUCUUUCUCUUCCUCCCUCACUCCAAUGUUAAUUGGAUUUUCCCUCCCAUGGCUCAAACUUAGGCCAUUGUAAGUAAAACAACAGCUCAUCUCCACUAUGGGCAGCACCUGGCCUCCUGACGCACUGGAUGCCACCUGUGUGAAAGCUGAGCUUGCUCAGUGGGUGAUGCAGCUGGAAAAUCAGUCAUCUCGGGCUUUGGAUCUGUCCCCCUCAGUCACUAACACUUCACGUCUCAAGUCAGGCCCUUGCCCUCUCCUACCUGGGCUGAGGAACGCUUGGCCCUUGCCUACCUCACAGUCAGGGUAUCAAGAGAAGCCCACAGUAUGCACAGAGUUCUCUGAGCAACUUACGAAAAGCAUGAGGCUUCUUCAAGGAUCUGGAAAGCUAUACUGGAAAAUGCUAUUCUAUCUGAGUAUUAGAAAUUGAUAAAAUCCUCUGAGGUCUUGGGGCUCCAGGUGAGAUUGGGGACUGGACCACAGCUGGCCUUGGUCAUUAUUCCCUUAGGUUGUUGGUCACCAUGUUCACCUGUAAGUUUCUCCAUCCCAACUUCCAUUUGACAAGCUCUAAAAGCAGGCAUGGAUUUAUUUUCCAUUCUCUUAUCUCUCCAAUAUUCAUAGCUACAGACCAAAGGUACCAUCCGAUGAUGAUGUGUUCCUAGUCCUCAGCUGCAAAUUCACCCAUGCAAAGGUUAAGAAGUGCUAGAACAUUCCUUUCUCUUCUCCCUCCUUUCAGGCCUCCAAUGUCCAUAUCUUCUCUAUUUCCUAUGUGGCAGAGGAGUUGCUUGGAUAAGUUACAGCCCUUUCCCUCAAUAUUGAAUCCAGAGUUUUGGGAAGGGAUAUCUCAGAAUAUUCAGACAGGAACUCUCAGUAUCCAGAGCAGGACUCCCAAGGCACUGCUUGAUUCAAAAGGUGACAGCAGUUGGUCUACACAACGGAUGUGUAGCUCUAGCACCUGACAGGUAGAAGAUACUCUCAAGGCGCCUCCUGUAGACACAUGCGUAAACUCACACACUGUGCCCUUUCCCCAUGCAGCAGUCGGAGGAACCAGGCCCUGGGCCAGGACAGUUUCCAGUGCUGUGAAGAAACGAGGUGAGGAGUAUCCAAGGGGCUCAAGGAUAAUCUGCUAAUUUCUUUCUCGUCUUUCACACAGAGAGGCCACCAGCAGGAAAGAAGUAGGAGUUGGGUAGCUGCUGGGGCCAGCGUGUCCUCUUCCACACUACCUGCCUUUCAGAACUCUGCUCUUCCGCUUGUCCGAAGUCAGGGCUGGCAAUCUUCAUAAUCAAAGGGGAGUUGGAAAAGAAUACCCACUAAGAGGCCUCCAUGGCAAAUGUCAAUUAAAUUGCCCCCCCAAAAUCUCAUGACAGUUUAUUCACAUCAGUAGUGUGGAAAGUUACAAUUUUUUUUUUUUUUUUUAAAAAGCUUCUUUCCUUGGCUUUCCAUUUCUUUGAAAAAAAGGUUUCUUUUGAAUUUUUAAAGCUCUGCCAUCCUGAACAUUCCUGUGGAAAGGUUUAAAAUGCAGAGCCUGAGGUUUUUGUUUUUCAGAAAAAUAAAAAUCAUAGAGAUUAGCUAGUGCAAAUGUUAAGCUACAAAUUAUGUUUCAAACUGUGAAAAAAAAAAAGUGUUUUAAAGAAUGAAUGAAAUAAAACCUGAAAAUAAAGCCCUGGUCCUUUGUGUGUGUGCCUGCUCCUGCCAAGAAAUCAAGAGGCUCUAGGUGCUGUGUCCUGGUCAAGCUGAGCAUAAACAAAACCCUUAAUCGCAGUCAGGUCUGGCACAUAUUUUAAGCGACAAUGCAACUAAUUACACUGGUUCUAACAGUAAACAUUAUUUAGCAAUUCAGAAAAACUACACCUUAUCAGCACCACCAUUCUCCCCCCAAUUGUAGCCAGAAGACCAAUUUGAAAUUUAUGCUUUCAGAAUAUUAACUGUAAUUCAAUAGCGUUCUUCCUGCUUCUGGAAUGGGCCAAAAGUAGGAUGUGACAAUUGUACCACUUGUGCAGCAGUGGAUAAGAUGCCCUACAGAACACACAUGCUUUGUCAACAGAAUGUCCUUUCAGAGGUUAUGGUCUUAGAACCCCAAAAGGUAUAUAUUGUACUUUCUCAUUUCAUGGUGUUCCGGGUAUGCAAGGAGAGCUCAUGUCCUCUGAAGGCCACAUAAGAUGGUAAAUACCUGAGAGCACUUCGUGCUUACUCUGAUUUGAAGCAAUACCUCACAAAGGUGAGAAGCAAAGGCAGUGAGAGAGGUUAUCAGGAUAUCUUGCCCCAGGCAAGAAUGCAGAGACAAACCCUACAAUCCCGAAAAGCUGGGUAAGUGUAACAAGGGAUUUAGAAGAGAUGGCAGAAUAGAAUGCUGGAGAUGUAACCAGGACCAAGGAGCCAAAUAUGAUAGAGUGAAUCCCCAGGGACGUGACUCACGUGCUGCCUCCUUGACAACACUGGGGAGGAUACUGAGGGAAGUGGAAACCGUCUCACCGGCAUCAGCUUUUACAUAUCCAGCAUAGGUUUCUUCUGCCCAGUUUCCAGGGAAGCAUCAGACACAUCCAUAGUUUACUAAAAGCAGAGCAAAUCCUUGUGAUCACUGUUAGCACAUCUAUCCCCAACUCAAUUUCCACUGAUGGUGUGAGUUGCCAGAGGUUGCAUCUCUCUGAACCCCUGAAUCCACCCAACCUGGCUGUCAGCUUUUCCAAUUCUUGAGAACAUUUCCACUGCCCUUUAAAAAUUAAGUGGGUACUUUUGGUUUGGCUUAAUUACAGAGGUGAUAAAUCCUUCUUUAAAAUUCAAAUGGCACUAAAGUCUAUAUAUAUUAAAGUAAAAGUAUCUUUGGCUAGAGUUAAUUAACAAAAACUAAAUAAAGCAAA